CAUAUUUUUCGCAAUACUCUACACAGCUGUCAAGAUGGGUCAAGAUUACUACGCUGUUUUAGGCCUAACAAGAAAAGCUACGGAUGCAGAUAUAAAAAAAUCCUAUCGCAAGUUGUCACUGAAAUUUCACCCAGACAAGAACCAGGAGCCAGGGGCAGAUCUGAGAUUUAAACAAGUUGCAGAGGCGUAUGAUGUGUUAAGGGAUCCUAAGACGAGGGCAAUUUACGACCAGUUUGGAGAAGAAGGUCUUAAAGGCGGAGUUCCUGAUAAAGAUGGAUGGACUCCAGGGUACACAUUCCAUGGAGAUGCUGGUCGAGUUUUUAAAGAAUUUUUUGGGGGAGACAAUCCUUUUGCUGAAUUAUUUGACUCAUAUGAUCCAGAAGUUGGGUUUGGUGGAAUUCAUGGCCGAGGUCGUCGUAAGCAAGAUCCACCCAUUGAGAGAGAACUUUACCUCACUCUGGAAGAAGUUUAUAAAGGAUGUGUCAAAAAAAUGAAAAUUUCAAGAAGGGUGAUGAAUGAAGAUGGGCACACAUCGAAUAUUCGUGACAAAAUAUUGACCAUCAAUGUUAAACCAGGUUGGAGAGCAGGGACAAAAAUUACAUUUCCUAAGGAAGGAGAUCAGGGUCCAAACAACAUUCCAGCUGACAUUGUGUUCAUUGUGAAAGACAAGCCUCAUCCAGUCUUCAAGCGUGAUAAUGAUAACCUUGUCUAUACUGCUACUGUUCCUCUUGGAAAGGCAUUGACUGGCUGUGUAGUGGAUGUUCCAACACUGGAUGGUCGACUCAUAAGCAUUCCAAUCAAUGACAUUGUUAAACCUGGCUAUCAAAAAGUUGUUCCUACUGAGGGAAUGCCAAUCUCCAAGGAUCCCAACACAAAAGGAGAUCUAAUAAUUCAAUUCAACAUUGAAUUCCCAAACCAACUCAACCCAGAACAAAAGAGAAUGCUGAAAGAAGCACUACUGCUUCCUCCAUGAGCUGUGCUUCUCCACUUGAUCAUAACAAAAUUGUUCACUGUACAAACAAAGUACAGGACAUGAACAUUAUUUAUUCAGAGUUGAUAAUGUUACAAACUAUUUCAAUACUAUUAAUCAGAUAGUUACACUGGCAGGUCUUGUUCUCUAUCAAUAGCAAACAAGAAGUAUCUGGAGGUUGAAGCCAAGCAUUAGAAAUUUUAUAUUUUGUAAAUAAUUGAAAAUAAAGAAUUAAACAUUGUCAAAAAUUCAAA